AUGUUUCGUGUAUGUGCUCGUCGUAGUUCAACUUAUGCACAAGUUUAUCGAUCAAGUAUCGAUCAUCCAGAACAAUUUUGGAGUGAACAAGCACAAAAAAUCUUUUGGUUUAAAAGAUGGCAUAAAGUUUAUGAUGAAAAUAAUCUUAUUAGACCUCAUUGGUUUCAAGAAGGACACCUUAAUAUGACAUAUAAUUGUCUUGAUCGACAUAUUCCAAAACAUGGUCAUCAAACAGCUAUUAUACAUGAUUCUGCUAUGACUGGAAAAGUAGCUCAUGUAACAUACAAAGAACUUUUGAAAGAAGUCAAAACAUUGGCAAAUGUUUUAAGUAAAAAAUAUAAUGUUAAAAAAGGUGAUGUUGUAUUAAUUUAUAUGCCAAUGAUACCUGAAGCUAUUGUUGCAAUGUUAGCUUGUGCUCGUAUUGGUGCUAUACAUAAUCUUGUAUUUGGUGGAUUUAGUGCUAAUGAAUUAGCAGUUAGAAUUAAACAUUCUGAACCUAAACUUCUUAUUUCUGCUAAUGUUGGUUUUGAACCUCAACGAACAAUUAAUUAUAAAACAAUUGUUGAUGAAGCUAUUAAAAAGAGUGGCAUUACUGAUGAUACAUUAAAAUGUAUUAUAUUCAAUCGAUCAGAAGAAAAGCCAGCAGAUUUAACUUCUGGAAGAGAUCGAGAUUGGAAAGAUGUUAUGGAUAGUGCACGUGAUUAUAGUGAUUGUGAACCUGUUGAAUCCAAUCAUCCUCUUUAUUUACUUUAUACAUCAGGUACAACAGGUACACCAAAAGCUAUUGUUCGUCCAACUGGUGGUUAUGCUGUAGCAUUACAAUGGACAAUGAAACAUUUAUAUAAUGUUCAUCCUGGAGAAGUUUGGUGGUCUGCUGCUGAUCUUGGAUGGGUUGUUGGUCACUCUUAUGGAUGUUAUGGUCCAUUACUAAAUGGAUCAACAACUAUUAUAUAUGAAGGAAAACCUAUUGGUACACCAGACGCGUCAGCAUUUUUCCGAAUUCUUCAUGAUCAUAAAGCUGUUAGUACAUUUUGGUCUCCAACUGCACUAAGAAUAAUUCGUCAAAAUGAUCCUGACAAUAAACAUGCAACUAAAUAUCGAUUGAAACAUUUUCGAGCUCUAUUUCUUGCCGGUGAACAUUGUGAUAGAGACACAUUAUUAUGGGCAAGAGAAAUAUUUGCUGAAAAACCAGUUAUUGAUCAUUAUUGGCAAACAGAAACAGGAACACCUAUUACAGCUGUCUGCUUAGGCCUUGAAAGACAUCCAAAUCUUGGUCCACCUGGUUGUGCAGGACGUCCAUGUCCUGGUUAUAAUUUACAUUUAUUUUCUUCCGAUCCAAAAUCAGUUGAAGAAGAAGAGUCUACACAUGAUGAAUUAGGUCGUAUUGUAGUUAGACUUCCAUUACCUCCAGGAAAUUUUUCAACAUUAUGGAAAAAUGAUGAACUUUUUCAUGAACUUUAUUUUACAAGAUAUCCAGGUUAUUAUGAUACAAUGGAUGUUGGUAUACGAACAGAAGAUGGAUUCAUUGAAACAUCAUCCCGUGCUGAUGAUGUUCUUAAUGUUGCUGGACAUCGUUUAUCAAGUGGACAUAUUGAACAAGCUAUUAUUGAAAGUGGAAAAGUAUCUGAAUGUGCUGUUAUCGGUUUGAAAGAUGAUAUUAAAGGUCAACAACCAUUUGCUUUUGUUGUAUUAAAUAAAAACGAUGAAAAAGCUGAUCCUACAGAAAUUGAAAACGCUAUUAUAACAACUGUUCGACAAGAAAUAGGUCCUGUAGCAGCAUUUAAAAAAUUUAUUUGUGUUAAACGUUUACCAAAAACACGUUCAGGAAAAAUUGCACGAAACACUUUAACUGCUUUACUUAAUGGAAAAGCAUUUCGUAUUCCAAGUACAAUUGAAGAUGCAACUGUUUAUGAUGAUUUACGUAAAGAACUUACACAACUUGGUUAUAAAAAUCUCGGUGAAUCAAGUCAAAUGUAA